AUGGAGACGUAUCGCAUAUGGCUGUACGGCUACAGCGUGACGUUGCUGCUGAUGUUGAUCGGCUUUGUGUUUUGCCUCCAGACCGUGGUCACACCGGUUUGGAUCAGCCUGUUUCCGUUCUCGAUGACCGACACCAUCUGGUUCUUUCUGUACACGAAUCUGGCGCUACAGGGGGUGGAUAUCGCAUUGUGCCUGUACGGUGUAGCUUGCAACAAGCCGAUAGUUUUGCAGGUGUUCUGGGUGAUGGGACUGGUGCUGCUGUUCGCCGACGUUCUCUACUUCGGACUGUCCGUGCCAUACUGGCAGCGUAUCAUCAACUCUACCGACCUGCACCUGUACGAAACCCUGAUGUUGCAGUACAGCCGACCGUCGUUCUGCGUGCUGAUGAACGGCGCCCAAAAGCAGUUCGGUUGUUGUGGCGCCAGGAGUUACACAGAUUUUUCUUCGCUGCCAAAUCUUUGCGACGAAAUC